GAUUUUGUUUUGCAAAAAAACAAGCGAAAUGCGGCCCUGGCAGAAUACAAUCAGCUGUUUGUAAUGACAGUUCCUCUGACAAAUACAAAAUGGUUGAAAACUAAAGUUGGCAAACAAAGAAAGACAGCGUAAAAGAUCCAUAGGACAUCAAAAAAUUGUUUUAUUAAGUGAAAGUUAGUUAGUUUAGUGUGUAAUACGUGUUUUGUGCAUUAUGUUGGAUUUAGAAAUAGUGCCAGAGCGCUCCCUCGGUUGCGAUGCCUGGGAGUUUGUGCUGGGUAUGCAUUUCUCGCAAGCAGUUUCCAUCAUCCAGAGCCAAGUCGGAACGAUCCGUGGUGUCCAAGUGUUGUAUAGCGAUCAGAAUCCACUGUCCGUGGACCUAGUCAUAAACAUGCCUCAAGACGGGAUACGGUUGAUAUUUGACCCUGUAGCUCAGAGGCUGAAGAUCAUAGAGAUAUAUAAUAUGAAAUUAGUUAAACUUAGGUAUAGCGGCAUGUCGUUCAACUCCCCGGAGAUCACGCCAUCUAUCGAGCAAGUGGAGCACUGCUUCGGCGCGACUCACCCCGGCCUCUACGACAGUCAGAGACAUCUGUUCGCGUUGAAUUUCAGAGGCCUGACAUUUUAUUUCCCCGUCGAUAGUAAAUUUGAGCCGGGCUACGCUCACGGCCUCGGCUCUCUCCAGUUCCCUAACGGCGGCUCGCCCGUCGUUUCUCGGACAACUAUAUACUAUGGAUCUCAGCAUCAGUUGAGCCGGUCAGCGAGCGGUCGCUGUACGGCCCCACUGGCAGAGCUGCCGCUGUCAUGUUAUAGACACCAGCUUCAUCUGCGACGAUGCGACGUCCUGCGCUCACCCUCCGCGACCCUAGGACUCCGCCUGCACAUAUACACGGAGGGUACUAGAUCUGGUGAACCGGCCUCCGCCCGGCGGCGCGUGGUUCGUUUCGGAGACAGUUGCCAGGCUGUCUCCAGGGCUCUCGCGGCGCCCGCCCGCCUAUACUACAAGGCGGACGAUAAGAUGCGUAUACACAGACCCACCGCCCGCCGCCGCCCACCACCGGCAUCAGACUACUUCUUCAAUUACUUCACUCUCGGCCUGGACGUGUUAUUCGACGCCCGCACGCACCAGGUGAAGAAGUUUAUUCUUCACACCAACUACCCCGGCCACUACAACUUCAAUAUGUACCACAGAUGCGAAUUCGAACUCAACGUGCAGCCCGACAAAUGCGAGUCCAACACACUGGUCGAAUCCCGCGGCGCCGUCUGCAUCACCGCGUACAGCAAGUGGGAGAACGUGUCGCGGGCGCUGCGGGUCUGCGAGCGGCCGGUCGUCCUCAACAGGGCCUCGUCCACUAACACCACCAACCCCUUCGGCUCCACCUUCUGCUACGGAUACCAGGACAUGAUCUUUGAGGUGAUGUCCAACAACUACAUAGCGUCAAUAACUCUGUAUCAACCGGAAGGCACCCGGCCGCACUACGCGGUCACCUCGAUCGCGUGACACAGCAAGGUAUCCUCGAAUAGCAAGAAGUUCACAUAGAAGAAGUGCAGCAGUCGAGGGACACGCCCUGGACCCGACGGCAUCAGUAUUAUUGUGAUAAAACUGACGAAAAAACACAAAAAAAAAAAUGUGAGUGUGAUCUCAUCAGGGGAUGUCUAUACGGAACUCCUUAGCAGUGGACAGUAAAUAAUGUGUUCUAUGUUUUUUUGUCUACGUCUGAUCGUAGUUGUAAGCUGUAUAUAAUAACGUAUGUAUUUUUUCUAAAAUGGACGUUCAUGUGAUAAAGAAAAAAAAUGUGGCAAAAAAAAAAAUAUAAUUUUUUUUUUACCUCACCGGCACCGUUGUCUAGGGUAGUUUAAUAUUUUUCUCUCGUCUCGUAACAGACGACAGUUUUGUCGGUUUUUGUUAGAGACCAUAGAUUUAUUAUUAUUUUUUUUUUAUUAUAAGAUACUUAACAGCGGCUAGUUAGUUGUCUAUGGUAUAGUUUUUUUCUACAAUCUCUUAAACCGGCCGCUUAUAGUUUUGGCUGCAAUGAAUAACUACGAUUCAAUAAAAUAAAAUGUAAAGACAUAUUAUUAUUUUUUUAAUUUCAAUCUCUUCAAGCGAGAUAUUACAUAAGAAAAAUCAUUACAUCAGCGAAAAAAAUAUAUAACUGCACUUAACCUAAACACAUUCAGCCAAAAAAAUAGGCGGUUAAAAAAAAAAAACAAUAUAUUUUUCUCAUAUAAUAGAUUAAGUUAGUUGUGCUUGCUUAUGCGAUGUUUGAAUGGUUAGAAAAAUUAUCUUUAUAUUUGAAUGGGUACAUAUAACAUAAUAUAAAUCAAAAAAAUAUAAUGCGUAUACGAAUUAUUAACAUAUAUAUUUUUUCCUUUUUUAUCUGUAUUUUUAAUCGAAUAUUCUGAAUUAUAGUUUACUAUUGUCCCAUUCGAAUCAAUCCCAUGUUCAAGCCACUAAUCGUUACAUUAUUAUAGCACAUUAAGGUCUUCUGGAUUCGUCUACCUUUUUUUUCGGCUUGGACUUGAUAUUUGAUUUUGUUAAAAGUAACCACAUCGAUAGACACGAAAAAUACAUAUAAUUAUAUCUAAGAUUUGUUCGUGAAUUCAUUUAAAUAAAAAUAAUUUAAAAAGUAAUAAAAAUCGUGUAAUCAUAACCGAAAAGCUUAGUUUCAUUCAAAUAAUAAACAAUUAUUGUAAACAAAAUAUUGAAAAAACUAUAAGUUACGUCAGAAUUAUAAAUUCAUAAGUGUAAACGAUAUUAAAAAAUUAAUUACUUUGAAACUAAAUAGGUUUUAAUUGUUUCGGUUAUUAAUUACUCAGUACGUCAAUAAUAACGUUGAAGUGCUUAAUUUUAUAGUAUAGUGAAUGUCUUAGGCAAUAAAUUUCAAAGUCAAGGUCGGUCCGCCAUGUUGAAUAAUUUGACAACUUUAUGAUUUGAAAGUAAAGACUUUCGCGCCCAAAUAAAAAAACGUCUUUGAUUUGACAAGCUACAAAUGAAUUUGUUAACUGAACAAUCUAUUUAUAAAUUACAGUUUUACAUGUUUUACAUUUAAACAGGAAUUAUUUGCUGCUCUUUAUGGUAUAUCGAUGUGGUUGCAUUUUAACACACGUACAUUCACAUAGGCAAUUCUGAAGUAUGAAUAUUUAUUUACAAUAUAGUCAAAUAUACCAAUUUUUUUACCUCAUUGUAAUUUGUGCCAACGUGCAUGUAAGAAUUAACCUUGUUUUUUGUUAUAUUAAAGUCGAAAUUUCGAUGAAAUGAGCUUAAAUAGGCUUACAUCGCUUAGGCGCUGGUUGUGAUGUUACAGUUUUUUAGGGAAUAUGAUCCUUGGGUUUACGCAAUAAAGUGUUAAAUUGCUUUCAUCGGAAAUCCAUUUAGACUAAAGACUUCUUGGCUUUUAAUAAUUCGUUAUUUUAUAUAAAUCUAAUAUUAUAGCUAAGCAUAAUUUUAUUUGUCACUAGCAACAGUAGGAUUUUCCCGUCUUUGGUCUAAAAAGUUUUUCAUAUUUAGUAAUUUAUUUAUGCACAAGCGAGUGUGAUUGUCGUGUAGUGGCUGUGGUGCCAUAAAAAAAAAAGAUAAAAAUGACAAAUAAUACAUUAAAAAAAGGUUUUAAUUAUAAGGUAGCUUCGUGCGCCCUUAGUAUUGUACGGACAGAAAAAUGAAUAAUACUCAAAUAAUCACCUAUUGUACCUAUUAACAAGUUUUUUUAUGGCAGUUCAUCGGAUACAACCGUACGAUACUAGUGGGAAUAUUUUUAUAUAAGUUGGCGCGUCACGUCCGCCAUCUUGGUGUGUCGCGGUUAACUGUCAAAGCACAUUAUUUUAAGUACAUAUAAUAAUUUUAGGUAAACGUAGUGUUGUUAUGCAUUUAGUGUAUAAUAAUAUAAGGGAGACCCAUUAUUAAGUAUGCAUAAUUAUUUUUUAAAUAGCUUUCGAUACAGCCAAUGUCUUAUUUAUUAUAUCUUAGAAUGUAUUGUUGCGGCGUUGUUGGAAAAAAAAAAUGUUAUGUAAUUACUUUUUUAUGUGAAUAUUUUGUGUGUUUUAUGCUACUCUCCGUGUUUAACUAGCAUUGUAUAGAUUUUUUUUAUGUCGUAAAACGGUCCGGGAAUUUUUAUUGGUAUUUUCUGUUCGUAAAUGUAAAUUCGUUACAUAUAUUGCGAAUUUAUUAUUCCGUGUAAAGGAUUUUUAUUGCAUAAACAUGUGAAAUAUUCCAUUUCUACUGUUAAGAACUUAGCAUAAAUCACAAAAUCUAUUCCUCGUGUAAAUGUAUCACUUGUAUGGACACCGUAUAAUGUAUCGGCGACUACGUUCCCAUUAUUGUCACGUCUAAUAUAAAAGAAGUGUGUGCUGUAUUUUAGUGAAUUAUAAAAAAUCACCGCUUUUAAAGCUGACCAAAUAAAAAUGGACGUUAAUUUUUAUAUAAUAAUAUUAUUUUACUAGCAAAUUGAUUGUUUCCGCAUUAUAAUAUGAAUUAACUUAAUUUUGCAACAUGAGUAGAUCAGUUUAGACAGACAUUUGGCGUUGAAAAAUUAUGAUUUUGUUAAAAAAUAGACUUCUUAAAUCAGUUCCCAAAAUAAGAAAAUAGAUGGCGCUUACGAUAAGAAUUGAAUUGAGAUGAUAUUCGAUUUUGAUAAUUAAUAAUAAUACUAAAAUGUAAAUGUAUGUAUGAACUAAUAAAGUAAAAAUAAUACGAGUGAAAUUACAUAAUGUUUGUCGCGCUUAAUAAUUUAUUUUAUGGCGUUAAAAAAUCCUUUCAAUAGAAGCCGGCGAGGCCGUCUCAUCCGACCUUAGACGCGAUUUCAAUUCGCAACCGAAGUCGUGAAGCAAGAAAAGUAUUAGUUUAUUAUAUUUUAUCGCAGAAUAUUCUGAUUCUGACUUAUUAGUAUCGAGUGAUCACCAAAUUUACCAAUCACAUAUUUUAUUCGUACAAUUGAAUUUGAACCGGAACUCUUUUUUUAUUAUUUCUGUAAAAUAACAUAUAUUCAAUGUAUUACUUCCUUAAUAAAGUAUUAACUAUUAAUUAUAUAUAUAAUUUUAAACACACACUCGGGACAUUAGUUCCAAAAUAAUUUUUGUGGUCAGCGCCAUCUAUUGUUAUUCUAUAAAAACUCUUUACUCUAUUUUAUAAAAUUCCCUGAUGUACUUUGCUUUGUUAUGAAUUAUUUAUUUAUCUUUCCUAAAGAAUCUUUUUUGUACAAUAUUAGAGUAAUUUUGAUAAUCAUGUUAAUUCGAACGAUUAUUUUUUAAUGUAUUAUAUGACUACAUGUAAUAAUUUAUUAGAGUAAUAGAAAAAAAAUAUCGUAUUCCUGUCAAUUAAAACCUUUUUGUUGUCCUUGUAAUUUAAUUGUUUUAUGGCUAUGCAAUACUUAAUAUAAAACGCUUAGAAUGUCCAUCAUUCAAAUAACGUUCGACAUUCAAAUGAUUUAAAUUAAUUUUCCAUACACAGAUUAUAAAAAAAUGUGAUGAUAAAAUUGUCGAUGUGGGUAUUAAAAUAUGUCUCAAAGAUACCGAAAAACAAUAAAGGCUUUCAUAACGAA